CAGACGAAUUUUUUGCCAAUUUGCUUGAAAAAUCAAAUAGAAUCAGUCCUGACAUCCGUUUAAUUGUGUAAUCGGUGUAAACCAAACUUACGUUUGAACUUUAAACUCAUAUAUUAAUAAAAUGUUAUUCCGCCGAUUAUUUCACCACACUUCUAUUGUUUCUUUCCACUCCAGCAAAGUAAUGACAGCUAAUCAAUCUUUACUCUCAACAUUGCGAAAAAAAACUGGUUAUGCUAUAACAAAUUGUAAAAAAGCAUUAGAAAUGAAUAACAAUGAUAUUGAAAAGGCAGAAACAUGGCUUAAUUCGCAAGCUCAAGCUCAAGGAUGGGCGAAAGCAGCAAAACUACAGAGUAGAUCUACUCCAAACGGACUUGUAGGAAUAAGACUAGAUACAAAGUGUGCUGUUAUGGUGGAAGUAAACUGUGAAACAGAUUUUGUUUCAAAAAAUGAGAAAUUUCAAACCCUUGUAGCACAAAUUACAGAAACUUGUUUCAAAAAGUCAUUAGCCACAGUUUCUGCACUAGACACUACUCAAGAAUCAAGUUUAGUUAAAUUAGGAUUUGAUUCUGAGCAGUUGGGAUCAUUGCAAUUGAAUGACAGUAAAAAUUCUAAACUUUCUGACUUGUUGGCACUUAAUAUUGGACUCAUUGGUGAGAAUAUGGCUGUGCGUCGAGCUGCAGCUCUUUGCGCAACCAGUUCAAAUAUCAAGUUUUCAUCUUGUACCCAUCCACAGCAGGUGUUGGGUGAAUCAUUCCUAGGCAAAUAUGCAGCCGUCUUUGCCUAUGAAGAAUGCCCUCCUUCGGUUGAAACACCAGAAUUGACUGAAAUUAUUGAUUUAGAAAAGCUUCCUAAGCAACUGUGUCAGCAUAUCAUUGGAAUGAAUCCCCGAACCAUUGAAAAGGUAAAUAAAUUGCCAGAAGAAGAACCAGCAGAAAAACCACCAAGUGAUGAAAAAGCGGAACAGUCGUCAAGCGAAGAAAAAGCGGGAAAAUCACCAAGCGAAGAAAAAAAAGAAAAAUCAUCAAGUGACGAAGAAUCAGCUCUAUAUCACCAAGAAUUUCUUGCUUAUCCUGAAUUCACAGUACGGGAAGUUAUGUCUCAUGUGGGAUGGGAUAUCAAAGGUUUUUUGCGUUUCGAAUGUGGUGAAAGCCUUGAAUAAGAUGAAACCAAUUUCAGUCAAAAUUUGCUUCUAGUUCACUUCUUAGUAAUUUCAUAGUUUAAAUAAAACUAUUUCCAAGAAGCUGGAUUUUGAUUUAAAAUCUGUGAAUCAUGCUAGUUAGGAUAUAAAUAAAUACAAUUCUUUUUUCAUCA